GUUAUACAUAACCUAUGAAACAUUUGUGACACGUGUGUAAAACAAACAGUAUGAGUUUAUUUGUCAUAAACCGAUAUGAAGGCGAAGAAGAGGAAACAAAAAAUGAAAAGCAUCAUUUAUCGGAACUAUUGAAAAGAAUAGAAGAACGUAAGAAAGAAAGAGCUUUUAAAAAUAAUCGAGAAUUACAGAAAAGCAAUUCUGAAAAUGCGCAGGAAUUAAAACAUAAAAAGAAAAAAAAGGAAAAGAAAAAAUUUAAUCAAUCUCCAAUAGCAAAUACUAAUGUAAGUGAAAAUACUACAUUAAUCAAUGUUGAAACAAAGAAAGAAGAGUAUAUUUCAGAGCAGGAUUAUAGAAAAAAGAAAAAAAAAAGGAAAGAUGUCUACAAUGAAGAAAAUUUUAUGAAACAUGAAACCUCACAAAGUGAAAAUACAAAUAACCUGAAUAAUGAAGUACCAAAUCAACAAACUGAUUUUAUAGUUUUGGGUUCUAAAAAUAAGCAAAAAAAACAUGAAGUUAAGAGAAUACUUCCAGAAUGGUUGGCUAAUCCAAAAAUUAUACCUCUUGAUUUAAGCACCGGUCCAAACUUAGAAGAAUUAAAUUCGAUUUUAGAUAGUAAGCUUAUUGAAAUUUUAAGAGCUAAUGGUAUCAAUAAAUUGUUUCCUGUUCAAGAUAGUAUACUUCAUUGGCUAUUGAAAUGUGAAGAAGAUAGACAACAAAAGUGGUGGUUAAAAGAUACGUGUGUGUCUGCUCCUACAGGCAGUGGUAAAACUUUAGCAUAUGCUCUGCCAAUUGUUCAAAUAUUACAAUCUCGAUUGGUUCCAAAAAUACGUUGCUUAAUUGUUGUACCAGUACAAGAAUUAGCUACACAAGUUUACAAAGUGAUGCUAACAUAUACAUCACAUACAAAUUUAAGAGUUGUUUUACUUUCUGGUGCUUCUGCAUUUAAUGAAGAACAAAAAAGCAUUAUGAAAACAAGUGCUAGAGGAGAAUGUAUAUUUUUAGCAGAUAUAGUGGUUGCUACGCCUGGACGAUUAAUAGAUCAUAUAUUAAAAACACCAGGAUUUUCUUUGGAUGAUCUUAAAUUUCUUGUUAUUGAUGAAGCAGAUAAAGAUGCAGAUUGGUUACAAUAUCUUCCUGAGCCUCAUUAUCGAGCUCCGCGAUUAACACUUUCUAAUUUACAUUCUGGCAAAAUUCCAGCACAAAAAUUAUUAUUCAGUGCAACAUUAUCACAAGAUCCUGAAAAAUUGAAUCGCCUUGGACUUUUUCAACCAAUAUUAUUUACAUCUGUCUUGUUAACGGGCAAGGAUGAUGAUGUAGAUUUAGAUAAGGAAGUAGGUGAUUUUAUAGGCCGUUACACAAGUCCUGAAGAAUUAAUAGAAGAAGCAGUAGAAUGUGCAAUAGAAUACAAACCAUUAGCUUUAUAUCAAUUAGUAAUUAGAAACAAUAUGACUUCUAAAACAUUAGUAUUUACAAAUUCUGGAGCAACUGCUCAUAGAUUAGCUAUUAUACUUCAGUCACUUCUAUUUGAAAAAAAUAUAAUAGUUGGAGAACUUUCAGCACAACUUUCAUCAAAAGGACGUGAAAAUGUACUUAAAAAAUUCAUUACUGGCAGUACUCAAAUACUUGUAUGUUCAGAUGCAUUAGCAAGAGGAAUAGAUGUUCCAGAUGUACAAUUAGUCAUAUCUUAUGACCUUCCUAAACAUAUUAAAGGAUAUAUUCACAGAGCAGGAAGAACAGGACGUGCAGGUAAAUCUGGUACUGCAAUAUCUAUACUAACAUCUAAACAAGUUGGAAUAUUUAAACAUAUGUUGAGUAAUGCCCAUAAAGCAGUACCAAAUAUUGAAAAAUUAGAUCUGAGUUCUGUCAUAAAUGAAGUUGAUUACUCUAGUCAUAUCGAAAAAUUGAAACAUGUUCUUGAAGAAGAAAAACAAAAGAACUUAUUACGCGCAAAAACUGCUAAACGAAUUCGUGUACUAAAUGUACAUUGCAAAUAG